CACGCUGGACGCGAGGCCGGAAGUGACGCAGGAGGCUGCCAGGCGGUUGGAGCGCACCAGCUGAGGCGUCUCUCCCUUCUCGGCGCGGCUCGGCCCCGCUUGCUCCGCCGCUCCUCUCCGCCUCUCUCCGCCGCCGUCGCCGCGCCCCAAGCCAUGUCGGCGCCCGGAGGAGCCGGCGGAGAAUUCGGCAACCCGCUGCGCAAGUUCAAGCUGGUUUUCCUCGGCGAGCAAAGCGUUGGAAAGACCUCCUUAAUCACUAGAUUUAUGUAUGACAGUUUUGACAACACGUAUCAGGCCACCAUCGGAAUUGAUUUCCUUUCAAAGACUAUGUAUUUAGAAGACCGCACGCAGGUCCGACUUCAGCUUUGGGACACAGCAGGCCAGGAACGGUUCCGUAGCCUGAUUCCCAGCUACAUACGUGACUCAACUAUUGCAGUGGUAGUCUAUGACAUUACAAAUCUGAAUUCCUUCCAGCAAACCUCCAAAUGGAUCGAUGAUGUACGAACAGAACGAGGAAGUGAUGUCAUCAUCAUGCUGGUGGGCAAUAAAACUGACCUUGCAGAUAAAAGGCAGAUUACUACAGAAGAAGGUGAACAAAGAGCCAAAGAACUCAGUGUGAUGUUCAUUGAGACUAGCGCGAAGACGGGCUACAAUGUGAAGCAGCUUUUCCGCCGUGUCGCUGCUGCCUUACCUGGGAUGGACAACGCUCCAGAGAAAAGCAAAGAUGACAUGAUUGACAUCAAAUUAGAGAAACCGCCUGAGCAGCCUGUGACGGAGAACGGCUGUUCUUGUUAAAUGUUCUACAGCGUGGCAGCCCCUUCUCAGUUAGCCAGUUCAGUCUCUCACUGAAGAGCACCACUUCUUAUUGACUACCAAAACACAACUUUCCGAGGGCCGCAAGCCCACUUUAAUAGGCCAUUGGGGUCAUCCCGUUUCCUCCCCCGCUCCUGAAGUCGUGUGGACCAGUCCCAGUUGCUCUCGUUUGCUGCAUGGUGUGAACCCUCCAAUGCCUCUUGCCCUUUGUUGGUUGUUGCACUUUGGUGCUGCUGUGGCACUCUUUCCUUGCUGGGUUGUCCUACGAAUGUGCAGGGGAGACACUUUGUCCAUCUUCCCCCCCCCCCCAAAAAAAAUUACUGAUAAAUUUACCGUAAAGGAGCUAAUGCAUUCUUCCUU